AUGCUUUGUCUACGCUCCACGGCUUCUCAGUUGUCCAGACGGAUCAGUCCUCGGACUUCGCGACUUUCCAACCUGGCUGAAGUCCGCAGAAUCCGUUUCUAUAGCCCCAAACCCGAGCAGGUAGACGUCGAUGCGCUACUUGCGAAGCCAUCCUGGUCCGUCCGUUCUCUCCUCCCUGACCAGACCGCGAAACAAUCGUCGCCGACAGUCACGCCGGCGCAACUCCAUCACCUACUCCGCCUGUCAGCCCUUCCGCUGCCAUCUACCAAAGAGGAGGAAGCUAAGAUGCUUGAGACCCUUGAGUCUCAAAUCCAUUUCGUGAAAGAGAUACAGCGUGCCGACGUGACGGGUGUCGAGCCGCUGCAGAGCAUCCGGGACGAAAGCCUUGAGGCAUUGAAGGAGAAUACAAUUGGACUGGAACAACUGAAGGACGCUCUAGCUAAAGAACGAGUGGUUGGCCGAAAUAAGAGGAUCCAACGCGUUGAAUCUGAGAGAAAUGAUCGCCCGGAUGGAGAUGCAUGGGACGGAAAUGCCCUUGGCUAUGCUUCCAAGACGAAGGGCAAGUUCUUCGUCGUGGAAACAGGUAACUAA